GUGAACUGUCAAAGUCAAGUGAAACGAAAAAAGAACAGCAGCAGAACAGAAAUACCUAACCUAAAACCAGUAGAAGAUUGAUAAAAUAUUGUGAGAAAUAGUGAAUUAAACGACAAUAUGAGUGAUUUAUCAGAUUUUUCAAGUCCAAAAGCUUCAGACUCAGAAUUGCAAGACUUUUUGAUGGCCGAAAAGCAAAAAGCCCAAUUUCAUGCGCAAAUCCAUGAAUUCAAUGAUUUCUGUUGGGACAAGUGUGUGGAUAAACCAGGGGCUAAGCUUGAUUCUCGCACGGAGACCUGUAUCACUAACUGUGUAGAAAGAUUUAUAGAUGUCUCUCUUCUCAUCACAAACAGAUUUGCUCAAAUGCUUGAAAAAGGAGGUGGCAUGCACUGACUUUUUAUGCAACUAUUUCUUAAGAUUAAAAGCGGAGGUUAAGUUCAUUUACUUUCAUUCACCUAUUGCAAGUUCUAUGAUUUGAAUGGAAAUAAUUCAUAAUUAACGCAGCAGUAGGUAGCUUAUAAGAGCAUUUUUGUUUAGUUAUGUAUAAAUUAUACAUUAUGUAGUUUUAGAACUAUAUAUGACUGUAUUUAAAAAGUGAUAUUCCAUAUUAUUUCAAUAAAUGUUUUACCACAGA